AUGGUAUGGAACACUACAUUUUCAGAUUUUGAGACUCCUCAUUUUGACAAUCCUUUCAUGUCUGAUUUACUCAGCGACGGUGUGAAACAGAUCUACGAGUUGGUCAACUACGUCGUCUUCUGCAACAUCUUCUCCGUCUUCGGAAUCUUUUCCAACAUCAUCAACAUCAUCGUCUUCUGCAGGCAGGGCCUGGACAGCACCGUCAACAUCAGCUUCACCGGCGUGGCAGUCUCUGACCUCUGUAGCCUCGUGACCUUGCUGUGGUUCAACGUCUGCGUCAAUCCGCUGUUCGUGAACUCGGGCGUGCCCAUGGCGCCGUCAGAGGUGCAGCACCUUACUGGAGGGUUCCCCCACGCCUGCUUUGCGAGGAUCACCUGCUGGAUAACAGUGUAUAUCACGGCCGAGAGGUGCCUGUGUAUUGUCUCGCCCCUGAAAAUAAAGCAAAUCAUUACCACUAAGCGGGCGACUUCGGUUAUUAAUGGUAACACGAGUGAUCCUGAUUAG